AUGCAACUCAACGGUACAUGUCUAUGCGGCGAUGUCGGCUUUGUCAUCCGCGGUGAACCGAUGAACUCAGUUCUUUGCCAUUGUAUCAACUGUCAAAAAUCCAGCGGUUCCUCAUUUCAGGCUAAUCUACUCUUCAGAUCCGAGCAAUUCGAGCUCUUGAAAGGUCACAAUGGCAUAUCUGGAUAUCGCGACAGCAAUACUGACGCAAAGAACACCGUACUGCGGUCAUUUUGCAGGAAAUGUGGCUCCAAUCUGUUUUCGGUCAAUCUGGACAAUCCGUUACUCAAAGAUGCCAUCUUCGUCAUGUCGGGUUGCCUUGAGGAGCGGGCAAGAGCCCAAUUCCAGCCGAAGCAAGAGUUCUAUUGCAAACAACGCCAGCAAUGGAGUCCCGUCGACCCUCGAACGGAGAAAUUCGAGGGCAUGUUUUGA